AUGCGCAAAUUCGUGUUGACGGAUGAUCCAUGUGUUUGCACGUGUUCACACAAAGACGAACGAGAAGACGAAGAUAUAUCUGCUUUGCCGAGUUCGUCCGGAUGGAUGAUCUCAAUACUAUCAUGGCGGAUUGAUGCAGUAGUUGAAGAUUGGGAGGAGAGGUUUCAGGUGGAACAAUCGUGGGAUGUUACGAACCUUAAAGAUGUAAAUCAAGAGGACGAAUCAAGUGAUCAGUUGUUUGCACUUCGUGAACAACCGGUGACAAAACUCUGCGUGAGAAAGGAGACUGUGGAGGCCUCACAAAGUGGAAGUUCCAAUGGAAGUGGAAAUACCAAUGGAACUGGAAGUGGUAGUGCCAGUGGAAGCACGCCAGAUACAGAUAACGUCGUAUACGUUUGUGAUUGUCCAGCUGGGUAUAAAGCAAAUGGAUCAAAUUGCACAGAUAUCAAUGAAUGCAUGCAAUCGCCUUGUGGUGCCAACGCCAACUGUACAAACACACAAGGUUCAUUCGCAUGCGAAUGCCGAGUAGGGUAUGAAGGAAAUGGAACAAAUUGCACAGAAAUUGACGAAUGCCAAUCUCCCUCAUGUCAUUCCAAUGCUACGUGUAAUAACACAGAUGGAUCUUAUAUUUGCACAUGUAAUUCUGGGUAUUCUGGAGACGGAUUUAACUGCACAGAUAUAAACGAAUGCCAAACUGAUUUUCCAUGCUAUACCAAUGCUACGUGCAAUAACACAGAUGGAUCUUAUAUCUGCACCUGUGAUUCUGAAUAUACUGGAGAUGGAUUUAACUGCACAGGUAGGGCAACGUAA